CUCCUCACUUUCAGCUUUACGUGGUUGAUCAGCGACUACCGAAGUGGACCACAAGAGUCCAUAUUCAUUGAUGGACUUGUUGAAGCGGACUAUGCACAUUUGGGGACAUUUGACCUCAGACUCAUCUCCUUUAGCAAAGAAUGCUAAACGAAGUUAGCUUAGCCUGCUAGCUGGAAAUAGACGGAGACUGAACUCGAUUACACAGAGCUAGCUAGCUAGCUAGCCGGAGAGACUAUUCAGCUGUGAUCAAACUGUAUUUUUCAUGGACCCACAACGUGCAGACAACCCCGUCUGGACGGACUCUGGGCUGCCCCCCUUGGUUUGAAAACGUCUGAAUUAUCUCCAGUUGUCCUACGAAGCUAGUGAAGUUAGCCUGCUAGCUCCAGGAAAUAGACGGACCCGAACAACAACAACAACAACACAGCGUACGUCAGAGUGAGCGAACCGGUUUUUAACGGCUUGUGUCUCGAGGAAAAGUUUCUGUGAUUUUAGGCGAAAUGUCUAAAGUCCAAAUGCUGAGAGCUCUUGUCCACCAGCGACUAACUGCGGCUGCUGAGGAGAUAUUUGGGCUUUUUGAAAGAACGAUAGCAGAGUACGAGGAGGAACUCGAGUUCCGUUCAAAAGAAAACCACCGUCAGCUGAGACUAACGGACGCCGCUGGUUGCGAGCCUAAAGUCCGGCUGCACAAAGCAGCAUCAAGUGGCCUAUGCUCCCCAACGCGUGGUCCGCUGCCCGUUCUGCCGUCUAACGUCUGUCCGUCCCGCGUCCCUCCACCCGCUCUCUCCACCAACGCGUGGUCCGCCGGGCCGUACCAACCUCGGAUGUCCGUCACGCCACCAAUGCUGUCCCAAUAUGGCGCUUCCUCCUCCUCUUCCUCCUCCUCGGGUCUCUCCGUCUUGCCAUCGCGAGACAACGACAAACACAUGGGACCAAACACGCAUCACUCGUACAAAGACGUCCAGCAGCUGUUGGUGGUUGAAGAAGAUGUUUCUCCUGAGCAGCAGGAGUGGACCUCCAGUCUGGACCAGGAGGACCCUGAGCCCCCCCCACACAUUAAAGAGGAGCAGGAGGAACUCUGGACCAGUCAGGAGGGAGAGCAGCUUCAAGGGCUGGAGGAGACAGAUAUCCUUUUCCCGUUCACUUCUGUUCCUGUGAAGAGUGAAGAAGACGAUGAAGAGAAAGCUCAGUCCUCACAGCUCUAUGAAGGCCAAACUGAGGAGAACAGAGCGGCAGAGAGAUCGGGAGCUGGGGGAGAGGACUGUGGAGGACCAGAACCAGCCAGGAACACAAAUCCAGAUAGUCCUUUACAACCUGCUACCUAUGACAAGACCUCCGACUCUCAAUCUGAGACUAAUGACAGUGAGGAUUGGGGGAACACUAGAGAACCUCAGUCAGGUCUAAACUCUCUGCAAAACAAUGAAGAACCUGUACGAUAUGUUGGAUGUAACACUGGAAAAACAUCCGUUAGCUCCUCAGAAAGUGCUGAAAGCAUCGGCCACGAGGAACAUCUGCAGAAACACUCAGGAGUCCAAACAGGAGUGAAACCAUUUGGUUGCUCAGUUUGUGGUAAAAGGUACCCUCUAAAGAACUCCUUAAAGAACCACAUGAGAAUCCAUUCAGAAGGGAAGGUUUUCACCUGCUCCGUGUGUCAAACAAGUUUCUGUGAGACCGGCAGUUUGGUCAGUCACAUGAGAAUCCACACUGGGGAGAAACCCUUUAGUUGUUCAGUUUGUGGUAAAAGAUUUGCACAAAAGGGAAAUCUGAAACAACACUUGACUGUCCACACAGGGGAGAAGUCCUUUAGUUGUUGUGUUUGUGGUAAAAGAUUUGCACGGCACAGCACUCUGAGACGCCACUUGACUGUCCACACAGGAGGAAAAACACUGAGUACCUUUACAUGCACGUAACACUUUGUUUGUUUCCUUAUUCCAAAGAAGACAAUAUUCUGA